AUGCGCUUCGGUCGCACCCUGCGCGAGUCUGUCUACGCGCCAUGGAAGGACAAGUACAUCGACUACGCAAAGCUCAAGAGCUUGCUGCGUGAGGACGUCGCCGACGACGAUCGCCCGUGGACCGAGGACGACGAAACUCGCUUCUGUGAGGAGAUCUUCAACAAGCAGCUCGAGAAGGUGGCCGAGUUCCAGGAGCAGCGAUUCAACGCCCUCAAGGAGCGCGUCGAUUCCGCCUUUGAGAAGCUCAAGGAGCUUGCUCCCGUCGAGUCCACCGAGGAUGAUGGAACCAUCCCCAAGGGCGAGAUCUCGGCCUCGCGCCUGCGUGCCCUCGAGUCGGAGCUCGACGACAUCACUAACGAGGUCCGCGAGCUCAAGAAGUACAGCAACAUCAACUACACGGGCUUCCUCAAGAUCAUCAAGAAGCACGAUCGAAAGCGGGGUGAUCGCUACAAGGUCCGGCCCAUGAUGCAGCUGAGCCUCGCCCAGCGCCCCUUCAACUCGGAGACUGGCUACUCGCCCCUCCUUAACAAGCUGUCCAUUAUGUACUUUGCCAUCAGGCAACAGUUCGAGGAGGGCGGAGACCAGCUCCCUCCUCUGGACCUCGAGUCCCAGGGCGAGACUCACAACGGCGAGCGUUACACCGCUCACAAGUUCUGGGUCCAUCCCGACAACCUUCUCGAGGUCAAGACGGUCAUUCUUCGACAUCUUCCUGCCCUUGUCUACAGCGAGCAGUCUGCCAAGGAACUCGAUGGCAGCGACUCGCCGUCCAUCACUUCGCUUUACUUUGACAACAGGCAAUUUGACCUCUAUGGCGAAAAGGUCAACCGUCAAGCCGAGGCUACUUCCCUGCGCCUUCGCUGGUAUGGACAGCUGACCACCCGUCCGGAGAUCUUUGUUGAGGAAAAGACUGUGGACGACAAGGGCAGCAGGGAGCUCAAGUUCUCCAUCAAAGACAAAUAUGUCAAGUCGUUUGUGGAUGGCGACUACAAGAUGGACAAGGCGAUCCAGAAGAUGAAGAGGCAGAGUUUCACACCCGAGCAGGUGGACGCCUACAAGAAGACUGUGAAUGCCAUCCAGAACUUUGUCAAGGAGAAGGGUCUGAGCCCUGUUCUGCGGGCCAACUACUUGCGAACCGCGUUCCAAAAGCCCGCCGAUGAUCGCAUCCGCAUUGCCAUUGAUACUGAUGUUGCCUUUAUCCGCGAGGAUACUCUCGAUCGCGACCGCCCUUGCCGUGACCCCAACGAGUGGCACCGCUUGGAUAUUGACGAUAGUGAGAUGACCUACCCCUUCAAGAAGAUGAACCAGAGCGAGGUCAACCGGUUCCCCUAUGCUCUUCUGGAAAUCAAGUUGAAGGAGGACGGUCUUCGGAAGCGCCCAUCCUGGGUUGAGGACUUGAUGUCGUCUCACCUGGUUCACGCCACACCGCGCUUCUCCAAGUUCGUGCAUGGUGUGGCAGUUCUCUUUGAAGACUAUGUCAACAACUUGCCCUUCUGGCUUAGUGAUCUCGAGGGAGAUAUUCGAAAGGAUCCUCAGAAGUCGUUUGAGGAAGAGGAGCAGCGUCGUGCCCAACGGCACGAGGAUGUGAUGGCUGUGGGUAGCUUGAUCGGCGCGGGCGCAAAGUCAGGAUCGUAUAAGCCUACACAGAGCUCCCCAGUGAGCAAGGUCGCCAACGGGGAGGAGAAUGGGGAGAGCAGCUCCCGACAGCAGGAGGAGCAACAGGAGAGGUCUUAUGGAACUCUCUCUUCGGUGAUCCCGGGCUUCUCACUGUCCAAGUACUCUAGAGCGAAGCGAGCAUCGCAACAAGCUCUUCCCGAGGGCGUGGUGGCGCCAACUGAGUGGAUCAAGAACGCCGGCGAGCUCAAGGUCGAACCCAAGGUUUGGCUCGCCAAUGAGCGAACGUUCCUCAAAUGGCAGCACAUCUGCAUCCUUCAGGGUGGUUUGGCCGUUGGACUGUACACGGCGGCCGGCAAGGAUACGGUUGCCUCUAUCAUGGGCCUUGUCUAUGUUUUGAUCGCCGUCUUUGCAGGAGCUUGGGGCUACGGCAUGCUUAGGGUGCGCCGAACCAUGAUCUUGGAACGGAGUGGCAAGGACUUUGAUAAUAUGAUUGGACCUAUGAUUAUCAGCGUCUCUCUGAUGGCUGCCCUGAUCCUGAACUUUUUCUUCCAGUAUCGGGCAGCUUUUGGACGGAUGAAUGAUGGUAAGGACGGAAGUGAGCCUUUGUCGGAAGACCUGAGGUAGGAGAGCAUGAAAGAGAUGGAGGCUGCAGGAUUGGUUCUGUGAGCAUCGGAUAGGAUGGGCGUUGGAUGAUGCAUUCUUUUGGUGUUUCGUUUUGACCGGUUUGAGGAUGUUGGAGAGGGAGGCAUCGGGCAUUUCACUGCUCGACUCAUAUGUUUUCACCAGUUCUGAUUGGCCUUGUGUUGAGUACCUAAAUGUGACUCUAGUUGUCAUCG